UUGUCUUCUCUGCAGGCAUACAGAGUGAAAGAAAUUUUAUUCUUAUCUUUUGUCUUCUUCACAGACAUCUGGAAUGACGGCAAUGUUCUUCCUAUAUUUUGUCUUUUCUGCAGGCAUACAGAGUGACAGAAAUGUUCUUCCUAUCCUUUGUCUUCUCUGCAGGCAAUGUUCUUCCUAUAUUUUGUCUUCUCUGCAGACAUACAGAGUGACAGAAAUGUUCUUCCUAUCCUUUGUGUUCUCCUCAGACAUCCGGAGUGACAGAGUGUGAGAGCCAUGUUCUUCCUAUAUUUUGUCUUCUCUGCAGGCAUACAAAGUGACAGAACGUUACAGCCAUUUUCUUCCUAUCCUUUGUCUUCUCCACAGACAUCUAGAGUGACAGAGUGUGAGAGCCAUGUUCUUUCUAUCUUCUGUCUUCUCUGCAGGCAUACAAAAUGACAGAACGUUACAGCCAUUUUCUUCCUAUCCUUUGUCUUCUCCACAGACAUCUAGAGUGACAGAGUGUGAGAGCCAUGUUCUUUCUAUCUUCUCUGCAGGCAAUGUUCUACCUAUCUUUUGUCUUUUCUGCAGGCAUACAGAUUGACAGAAAUGUUAUUCCUAUAUUUUGUCUUCUCUGCAGGCAUACAUAGUGACAGAGCGUGAGAGCCAUGACCGGGUAUGCAGGCGGUAUGACGUCAGUGUCCAACUACUGUUGGGUGAUGGUGGCCUGCAGUUUUGCGGUGCACAUGAUCACGUCCGGCACCAUGUUCUCUCUGGGAGUCCUCUACGUCUCCUGGCUACAAGACUUCGGACAGAGCAAAGGGCUCACCUCCUGGGUGGUCUCCAUCGGCGUGGCGUUUUUGUUCGGCAUCGGACCACUUCCGUCCGCGCUGAUCGCCAAGUUCGGUAACCGCGUGGUUCAGAUGACCGGAAGUCUCAUGGCCAGUCUCGGGUUCGCCCUCGGUUACUUUGUGACGUCAGUGCCUCAGCUCAUCCUCACUGUGGGCGUGGUUGUAGGUAUCGGUCUAGGCUUCAACUACCUGCCCGCCGUGACUAUGAUAGCCGAAUACUUUAACAAGCGACGGUCUAUGGCCUACGGUAUCGCCACUGCUGGCGUCGGUAUCGGUUCCUUUCUGCAGGCACCGCUGAUCAACUGGUUGGAGGAACAAUACGGCUGGCGAGGCGCCAUGCUCAUUUUGUCUGGUUUCCCGCUUCACUUGAGCAUCCUGGCUCUGUUGAUGAAACCGCGCGCAGAUUUCGCCCAAUACGAGUUGGACGUGGGGGAGAAGGUGGAGAAGGAUGGUGAGAGCACCGAUGUCAAGGACAGCAGCGUUUUGGUUGAGAGGGUCACGGUUGGUGAGGUUGACCGUGGGUCGAAGGAUGCACCUCUCAUGAAGGAUGUCGGUGGAGAAGUUAAGACGGAUAGUGCCUCUAGUCAGUCUCCAGACAACCAGCCUCAAGGCAACGUUUUAGUUCGGGGCUUACACCACCUCCUAGACCACUUCUCACUGCUCAAAGACAAGAUCUUCUUCUCCCUAGCCCUCAGUAACAUCUUCACCAACCUGUCUUUCCUCAUGCCCGUUUUCUACAUGGUAGAUCGAGCAGUGGAAGCGGGCAUUGACAAGUCUUCAGCCGCCCUGUUGGUUUCUGUAAACGGCAUCGGAAAUGUGGUAGGCCGUAUCUUGUUCGGACUGUUGGGUGAUCUCCCUUGUGUGGACAGCGUGGUGUUGUACGUGCUCACGCUCACGGUGUGUGGGGCUGGCACGUGCGUGAGUCCGGUGUGUGGUGGGAGUCUCGUCUUACAGGGAGUCUACUCAGCCUUCUUCGGGAUCUUUAUGGGUGGCUACGUGACCCUUGGCCCAGUGGUCACCGCUGAGCUGAUGGGCGUGGCACGGUUGACUCAAGCCUUCAGCCUUCUGCUCUUCUUUAUGGGCGUGGCCGGGGCUCUGGGCCCGCCCCUUGCAG